AAAUUAUCGCCUGGGGAGCCUGAUACAGUUCUGUCUCACAACCUGAGUAUGUGCAGUCAGGGUGCCUAACAUGUAGCCAGUGAAGAAGUCACAUCUUGAUGGGAUCUGAAUCUUUCUCUGCUUUGGAAAUGGAGUUGGAAAAAUGUAAGUGGGAAGCUUCAAAAAGAGACACUUUGCGGAAGGAAAAAAUGAAGGUACCUUCUGAAUCUGGAUUCCUGAGGUUCACAUUUGUUCCAACAUUUGGAAGCCUACCAACUCAGCACCAUAUUGCCGAUACCCCAUGCUCUUUUGUUGGAACUGGAGGGAGACCUGUGGAUAAGAACUACCAGGAAAAUACUAGAAACAGACACAGAACAGCUGCUGAAGACCAGACCACAGGGAGCGGAAAGAAAGGAAACAGUAGCCGAAACGGUGGCCAGAAUCUAUUCCAACCCAAAGAUCAUAACACAAGCAGAGGGGAGAUGGAGAAGGAAGACCUUUUCAAAGCUGAGUUUGUCAUCUUUGCGGACUCAGAUGAAGACACAAAAGCUGUUAUGCGCAAUGGCUAUGGAGUGGAAAGAACUGAGCUUUUAGCUACAUCUGGAGCAUCUCCCAAUGGACAGAUCAAGACAAGCUACAAGGCAUUUGCAGCAAUCCCUACCAACACACUACUCCUGGAGCAGAAGGCACUUGAUGAACCAACCACAGAAGAAGGCAUGGCUGAGGACAGAGAUUUAGAUACACAUCCAGAGAUGUGCUCUCCUGCCCAGCUCAGGCAACAGACAGAAGAGCUGUGUGCUGCUAUUGAUCAAGUCCUACAGGACCCCCUGGCUAUGCGCCGAUGUGAUUCUUCCCCAAGCUGCCUGCAGAACAUGCUGGAUUCAGACAUAAGCAGAUCAUCUACACCUUUGCAAAGACCAGCUGGGCGGGAAACUAAAUUUGCUAACCUCUUCUUAUCGGGGCCUGCAGUGACUGAGAGUCAAAAAACAAAACCUGGUGUCAUCCGCCCAACAAUGGUGAAAGCAAAAAUAAUAGUAAAAGAAGAGGAACCUAUCCAGCCAAAUCCAUUCAAAAAGUACUUAGAAGAAACCACUGAUCUCCAAACUGAACAGGAUUCAUCUCUUUCCCAUCCUUUUCUCCAUACUAAACUGAACCCACCUACUAAGUCCCUAUUACAUCUUCAGGCUGUCUCUCAUGCUGACUCACUAACUCCCGGACCAUUCAACCAUUUGGGUUCCAUCUUUGGUGAUGUGCAUAACAAUUCUUAUAGUCCUUAUCAUCGCAAUACUUUGUAUAAUAAGGUGAGAAAGGGGGAAAAAGAACAGCCUACUCAUCCAAUAGUACCUAUUCCAGAAGAUGAAGCACUCAGCUCUAAAGAGCUCUGUUCUGCUAUCAUAAAAGACAACAUGCAUUUACCACUCUACCAAGAAAAGAAAGAUGGAAGGAAAGAAAACUUUCUAGGCAAUGAAAAAAAUCCUCACAGCAGAGCUCAAUGUCUACUAAGAGGAGACCUUGGGAAUGGUCUGGAAAAACCCUGCUAAGGCUGCCACUGUGAAGGGUUUGAUAUCUAAAAGCUAACGUAGGUAUUAUUUCCUUCUUGAUAUAAUCACUAUUAUUGCUUUAGUGAUAUUCAAA